UUUUCACUUUUAUGCAUGAAAACUUUUAUUUGUAAAUAAUGUCUUUUCUCUGAGCUUUGUCCAUCCUGGGGUUUGUUGGAGAAGAGAAUAUUAGCAAAUCUGCCAGGGAUGUUACUCCAGCAAUUGCCAAAGAAGAUGCAUUUGCUAGGAUGAAAUCUAUGCUGUGCUCUCAGAGCCCUAUGAAGAGUCAAAGAAACACAUUAAACAGCUGCAGCUCCAUUUGCCAAGAAAUAUUCUUGGAGUUUUACCAGAUCUGAACCUCUGUAUUAAAUUGGAGCAUUGUUGCUUCUUGAGAAAAAUAAAUCAGCCAGCUAAAAAUUGUGAGUAGUUUUUGCAUUGAGAGCACGCUUGCACACACAGGUAGUUUAUAUACUGUAAACUCCUACUGGAGUAUGGCAGAUGACAGACACUUCAGUUUUCAGUGCUGAAAAACUGCACUGGUGUGCCUCUAAGUACAUGGUUAUCCUUAGCUGGCCUCUCCAUCAAAACUCAAGUAAAUUAUACCUGUGCUUUUAUCCCAAAGAAAGCAUUCUCAACCCAUUUCAUAAGUACUCAUGGAGCAGCUGGGAGAUUUGUGAGUCCUUUUCACAGUCUGAGGGUGGACUGUCACAUCCUCUCAGACACUGAGUGUAACACUCACACCAUUUCAUCUGGGUUCAAGUUUGUGAUGGGCAAGGGGAAAUGAGGCCAGGCAGAAACCACUGUUGGAUGAAGAGGUCAUGAGUGUUUGAUCUCAGAUGGUGAUUUUAUUUUGUGCUAAAAACCUACCAACCUUCUCUUCACCACCAUAAUGGAAGACUUUACUUAGAAGAAUUGCCCCAAAGCCUUUGUCACACAUGAGGAAAAGAUUGCAAAAAGUUCAUGUAAUGAGUAAUUAGAAAAACCUUUUAUGAGAAUAUGGGAGAAGAGGUAUUAAAAUAUGGGGAGAGAGGCAAAGCUGAAUUAUUACAUAGUAUGGAAAAAUGGAGUAUUGAGCUGUACUUGAAAGGGAAAAAGGAGGAAAAAUCCUGCAAGAAAUGAGAUCUCAGAAAAUGAACAUUCCACAUAUUUGUUUCAUGUCAUGUCCUGUGAAGACAGUAAUUAACGUAGUGAAAUAUUGGGCACCCUCAUUUUGUUUAGAAUGUAAUUACAGGAAGCUCAAACAAAUGGGCUGUUGGAACUAAGCUGUCAAGUAUUCAGUAUUCCAGGUGGGAUCAACUGUGUGGUGUUUGGACUCCUUGUGUCCUCAUCACUUCAGAAAUGGGAGUGAGGAAAGAACAACACCUGAGCUCUCAUUCAGUCAGCAAACGUAGGAAUGAAGUUGCUACAUUUAAUACUUAAAUUCUGUGUUGCAACAUCGGUGGUUUUUUUGUAAGGUAUUUAAAACAUCCUUUCAUUACUGUUUUGCAAUGAAGACCAGCGUGACAGUUCUGUCUCAAUACUGUGCAAUACAAAGGUAAUCACAAAACCUUAUUUCAUUUUUGAAAACAGAUUAUACAUACAGAUGCUACCAAAUGCAGAACAACUCAGUAGCCACCCCUCAGUUAAUUAGUCUAGGGUUUGACCCAGACAGAUGGCUUUGACAGGUGUCAAUUCCAUGGUUUGACUGAAAGCCUAAGACCUGCGUGACAGAACAGCUGUAUUCCCACCUCACUGCUUGUGCUUCAGCCUCCCAUGCCAAGCCAUGAGUUAGGAGAAUUGUGUCCUAUGAUGGUUUGUGGAAAUAUAUUGCCUUUUUUCUUACUCACACACUCUGCCCAAAGCUUUCUCAUGGUAAAACUCAGUUCUUGUAGUAGAAGAGAAAACUGAUAACUAUUCCCUAAGCACCUGCUCUGUGCCAGUCUAGACUUUGUAGAUGCCUGUCUUAACCCAUCUCAGCCAGCUCUUUUCCAAGCUAAUGAGCCCUGUUCAGCCUUUGAAAGCUCUUCCUCAUCUUUCUUAGACACUGCCUUUGUAGCCUUGACUAUUUAGUUAGUCUGACACUUUUGCCCCACUCUUUCUCUGUGCUAGGAGGCAAUAUUUUAUGAUUUUCUAGUAAGCUCUAUACAUUUUUGGGCUUUGACUUGUCUUGCUCAUUUAGAUUAGUUAAUGUGUAUUUUCGGAGUCAGCUUGAUCAGUGAUUGUCACCCUUUUUCUAUCUGGGAAUCAAAAGCCAGCCUCCUGGAGGUAUUCCAGAUCCUUCAGGACAGUAUAAGCAAGCUCACUUCUGGCAGUGCUGGCCAGUUGACAGGUGCUUUUUUAUGUAGGAGGACAAUGAUAGGUGAGAUAAGGAUGGCAGACAGGAGACAGGAAAGCAGAGACUAAGGCAGAAGGCUUUAUUUGUCAGUCUCAAAUAUUUUAUAUUUUAUACUUUAUACUUUUUCCUCCCUUGUGCCAUGCAACUAUCCUAAAGGAUGUUGGGGAAGGGAUGAGGACUAGCAGUAUUUUUUAAACAGGUUAAAUUUUCCACGUCUGCCUUUACUCUCUUUUGCAACGUUCCUGUACCUGUUCUGUAUGUUCUUUCAUUUCUCAGUGUGUGGGCUGCUGUUUUCAUGACAUCCCCUGGCUCCACCAUUCUGAAUGACUCUCCAUGUGUUGCGAAAGAUUGUGAGAGAUGAUGUACCUGUUGACCUUUUCAGGAGAAUAAUUGGGAAGUAUAGACAAGAUGACGUGGGCCACCCUGCAGAUUGAGGAGGGAGUAAAAAAGCAGAAGGCGAUGGCACUUGAAAAUUUAAUCUCCACUGGGAUCAUCCAGAGAGAUGAGACCCCCAUGGAAGAGGAGAUUGUUGGCCGGUGCCAAGGAUGUUUCAGCCUUGCUGAUAUCAUGUACUUCUCCAAGAAGGGCUGCGAGGCAGUUGCAGAAGAUGAAGUCACUCCACGGUUCUGCUCCGAGGAGCUGCUGUCCUGGAAUCUCCUCAGCAGAACCAAUGCCAACUUGCACCAUGUCAGUUGGAAACUGGCUGCUGUGUGGGUCACUGGCAUCAUAAUUCGCUAUUGCCUCCUGCUGCCUUUCCGCAUCUGCUUGUCUGUUUUCAGUGUCCUGUUGCUGGUGUUGGCCACUACAGUAGUAGGACAGUUCCCAAAUGGCAGAGUUAAAGGCUGGCUGAGCAACCAGGUCCAGAUGAUAUGUGCCACCUUAGGUGUCCGAUGUCUGAGUGGCCUCGUUCAUUUCCACAACAGGGAAAACAAACCACAGGAAGGAGGCAUCUGUGUUGCCAACCACACAUCUCCACUAGAUGUUCUAAUCCUGGCCAGUGAUGGAUGCUAUUCCUUGGUUGGCCAGGUACAUGGAGGGUUUAUGGGACUUAUUCAAAAAUCCUGCAUGCAAACCUCUCAGCAUGUCUUGUUUGAACGCUCAGAAAUGAAAGACCGUCACCUGGUGAGGAAAAAAAUUAGAGAACACAUUGCAGAUAAGGCCAAGUUACCCAUUUUAAUUUUCCCAGAAGGCACCUGCAUUAACAACACAUCGGUAAUGAUGUUUAAGAAGGGAAGCUUUGAGGUAGGAGGAACCAUCCAUCCAGUAGCAAUCAAGUAUGACCCUCGCUUUGGAGAUGCCUUCUGGAACAGCACAAAGCAUUCCGUGAUGACCUAUGCUUUUAAUGUGCUAACCAGCUGGGCUAUUGUCUGCAAUGUGUGGUACCUGCCACCGAUGGUCAAAGAGGAAGAAGAAGAUGCUGUUCACUUUGCUGACAGAGUGAAGGCUGUCAUUGCUGCUCAGGCAGGAAUGUCCGUGCUUCCUUGGGAUGGGGGACUGAAAAGGAAAAAGGUCAAAGAGUCUUUCAAGGAAGAGCAACAGAAAAAAUAUUGCCAGAUAGUAAUACAAAAUGUAUCUGUGGAAAACAGAAAUAUUUGUUAAAUGCUAUUUAUUUUAUCUCAUUUUUCCAUGACUUAUCUCUACCAGAGAAUAGACUGUUUUUAUAUUAAACCCAACAUGUUUUCCUUCUGUCCCUGUAAGAUAUUUUGCAUGUGACACAGCAGGGAAACCAUAAAGAGAUAUCCUUAUUUAAAGAAAAGUACUAGAAUUUUAUAAAUGGGGAAAUAAAAUAUGCUAAUAAAAUUACCUGUGAUGCUGACAAGACUCUAUAGUAAAAUGAAUUAUGUUCAUUAAAAUACCACUUUAAAAUAUUUGCAAUACCUUGAGGUUUUAAAUGGUUACUUAUAGUAAAUCACCUCUAUAGACUCUCUCAGGGACUUAGACUAGCAAUAUUCAUGUGAGCCACAGUAACCAUGUUGCUCUGGAGAUAGAUCUCCUGAUGUCAGAAGACAUGAAGCAUUUCACCAAAAUAUGUUUUCUGAACUGCAUGUUGGAGAGGAAGCGUUGGAUGUCAGAGAGAAAAAGCAGAUGAAGAUUUUCUCCUUCAUGUCACAAGACCAGGAAUGGCAUUGUAGAAAAUUUUCUGUUGUGACAAAGACCAGAACAGUGUCUAGGGCAGCAUGUCCCUGAUGCCUGGGUGUGUGAAGCUGAGGUAAAUUAAUCACAGCCAAGGACAAUGUCAUAGAAAAUAUGAUGUGUUUUUAAAUCUUAUCUUGUGGUUUUGUUAGAUCCCUUUCUGAGUCUUUUUGUAUGCACUACACAAACUAAAGAAAACCCAUGAUGUGACA